UGUUUUUCAAUUUUAACAAAUCGAACAUACCUGCAUUACUAUCAUUUUUGAAGUUGAUUUAAUUGUCGAAAUAUAUUUGUGGAAUUGUUAUUAUUUUAAAUAUGCUGCAAUUGAAGAAUAGAGACUCCUUGAACCUGGAAGGGUACACGGUAAUAAUACCUAGUAUAUGUGUGGGAAAUGCAGCACAGCUAGCUUGCGAUUUAUUGAUAGCAUCGAAAAAAAUGAGUCGUGUGGGAAAUCUCAUGCAUCCAGCAUUGAUUCCUAUUUUUGGGCCGUCAGCUUAUCAACAUGAUCCACAAGAAAGAGUCGCUGCUUGUGAAAUACAUGAAUGUACUGACAAUAAAUUGGUCGUUUUACAAUUUCGAACUCCUCUGAUAUCCCGUCAUUCACAGAGUCUACAUAAUUACCUAGCGGAGCUAGUUCGUCCUGCUGAAAGGGUGAUAAUACUCAGUGCAAGCUUCGGUUUUGAGAAACGUGAAAUCGGUACUUCUCCAUAUGAAUUCUGUGUUUCUGAUAGCUUUCGCGAGAAUCAUAAAACUCAAUUAUCUAAUGUAAAAUGGAUGGAAUUUAAAGGAGAUACAGUGUUUGGGGGAGGCAACGGCUUACAACUGUUCCGCUUAUUAGAAGAGAACAAAGUGCCCGUAAUGUUGUUAUUUCGUUAUGUUCUGGAAGGCGAUAAUUCGACGGAUGCUACACUUAUAAUCCGGGAACUAAACGAUUUAUGUUCAACCUUUUUGCAACUAGAAGAAGAGAAUAAAACAAUAAAGCUAAUUAUUCCAGUGUCAUGGAAAUUACUAUUUGGAAACGAUGUAACUUCUUUAAUUUUUUAGUCUUCAAUAUUAUUAAUUUGUAUUUUAAUAAAAGGUGUGUUGAAAACUAUCACGGAUUAUAAAUCAUUAAAA